UGAGUGAGGCGCGUGCCUUGCAAUCCAAGUACGGCCAUCCACGACACCGUAGAGGUACUCUUCCACCCAAUCCUCCACUUUAUCUUUGAAUCAAACACCGGACUACCUUCUAUGUACUAUACGUUCAUUAUUCCCAUCUUAACCACAUCCUCUACCCAGGCCACACAGUCCUGAACUUUGAUCUCACCACCUUCCGCGUAGAUGAUGCACAUUUCCCCCUCACUUGGCCUGCCUAGAUAACUCCGGUUUGACCAGCUUUCCUUUUCCAUAUCAUCACAGCAACGCACACGAAUCUAGAUAACAUGACGGCACAAACAACAGCCAUGGAGGCUCUUCAGAAGGAACUGGACCGGCUCAACCGGGCACCAGGUCUGUCCGCGACAGAAGACAGGGUCGACAACAUCAUUGAAAUGCUCACCUCGGUGAAGGACCAAAUUGUUCAAAGUGGCAUGGACACACACGUAGCCAGCAUGUCCAUCACAAAAAUUCAGAACCCCAUCAAAUCAAGCUUUGAAAAAAUAAACGACGAUCUCAAAGGCGUGACAGCGACUCAGAGGAAGCUGGGCAAGACGCUGGACAAGCACUUUCCUCUCAAGGACCUACCCUCAACACAUGACGCCAUGGCUGACCAGGAAUCCUUGAUAAAUCGUGCCAUUUCUAUGCAUUUGCUGCGGGAGGGACAGUUCUCGGUAGCCUCAACUUUCAUAGAGGAAACGGGGGACGCGGCAACUCUUGAAAACGCCAACGCGGUAGUCGAGGGUCAAGACCAGGUGAGCGCGAGCGAUAACUAUGAUGACGAGCCAAUGGAUGAAGACAGGGAUGAUGAUGAUGAUGAUGAUGAUGACGAAGACGACGACGAUGACGAGUACAUGAGCCCCCUUGAAGGCGCUGCAACAGGUUUGGGCUUCAGACAGCUCCAGAACCUCUCCUCCCUCCAAUCCCACGAACUCGAAGCGAAAUUCUCCCAGAUGUACACCAUCCUACAAGACAUCAAGUCCCGGAACCUACUGUCCGCAAUAGAAUGGGCCCGGAGCAACUCGGGCGAGCUCGAAGCCCGCGGCAGCAACCUCGAGUUCGAACUGAGCAGGCUGCAAUACGUCUGGCUCUUCAAGGGUCCCCGCGUCAACGGCCUGCCCGACAACGAGCUCAACGGUACAGCAGGAGCACUCUUGUACGCCCAACAAAACUUCUGGCGGUUCGGCAACCGCUACAUUGGCGAGAUCCAACAGCUCGCCAACGCGCAGAUCUACGCUCGCAACCUUUCCGAGUCGCCCUACAGGCACACCUUCUCCACAGAAACCGCCUUUGCGGACGUGGCCUCGUCCUUUACGCGCGAGUUCUGCAGCCUCUUGGGCUUGUCAGCCGAAUCCCCCUUAUACGUGGCCGUAACAGCCGGCGCGCUGGCUCUCCCACUCCUGAUGAAGUACCAACAAGCCACCCGAGCCAAGGGAACCGAGUGGACAACGACAAACGAACUAGCCUUCGAGACCCCGCUCCCCGAACGCAUGCUCUACCAUUCCAUCUUUGUCUGUCCAGUCUCCAAGGAGCAGACCACGGAACAAAACCCGCCCAUGAUGAUACCUUGCGGACACGUGCUGGCCAAGGAGACGUUGCAGAGGCUGCUGAAGGGAACGCGCUUCAAGUGUCCGUAUUGUCCGGCCGAGGGGUUGGAGAAGGAUGCCAGACGCAUCAUGAUUUAGGGGGGGCAUUAUGUCGAUUUGUCUUUAACUCGGGAGCAGUGGACGGGGAGUAGUAGCAGUACUGGUAGAAAUAGUAUUUCUGGGCUCGCCACGCCCACAUUGGGUGGCAUGAACUUGGAUUUCCUCCAGAGAGCUCUACGACGACGACGAUCCUUGUCUGACGGCCUCACGUUUGUGGGUAGGCAAACCCGGUGGGAUGAGCUUGGGAGGUUAAGGCUGGUCCAAAGUGCCUCCUCGCGAAUUCAUCGUCGGCGGUUUCAAGCUAUGCGUCCAUCCCGAUCCCAUACAAGCUGAGGAGAGCUUCCUAAAUACUUUGCAUCCCUCUAUUGCCAUUAUCGUGGUAUGAUGGUUGUAGUAAAGAGCUUUCUUUCUUUUAUUAUUUUUUCCUCUCUUUUUUUAAGGACCUUGUUCUGGUUUUCUUCACAUCCUGAACUUGAGUUUUCUUUUUUUUCUUUUCUUUUUUGUUUCGUUUUGUUUUGUGGUUUUUUCACAUGCAGCCCGGAACAGCGGGAGGGGGGGGGGGGGGGGGGGGGGGUAUGACAGUUUAUUGCUAUUGACGAAGACAUACUCUCAACACGCACACGCACACGCACAUAAGC